UUGAAAUCCACCGCAGGAACAGCAGUGGCUCCUUUCCUCCCCUCCUUCCCCAACUCUCCCUCUGAAACAGCAGCAGAGCAGAGCUGAGCUGAGCUGAGCUGAGCUGCUGUUCAGACCCGUUCUGUCCCAAACCACGACCGCGCUGUGCUUGUGGUGAACGGCUAAAGUGGGACAGGAAAAAGAUAAGGGCAAGGACGCCAGUUUUGGGGGAACAUUUUUAUUCGCUUGCUUUUUUUUUGACAUAAAACUAUCUAUCCGCGAAGAACAGCGCAGAGAGCAGCGGGACUGAAUGGUGGAUCCCAGCCCUCCAGCUCUGCACCUUUACUCCGGUGGGAAUGUCAGCAUGGCAGGAGUUGGUAUCAAAGUAAAACAGGAGGAGUCCAGCGAGGGCAGUAACGUCAGCUUUCACGCCGACCCACAUAAAACAUCUCCUUCACGAGACUGGUCAGGAAAUCAACCAUUUGAGGCUCGACAACUGACCCCGCCACUGUCACGCUCGCCUUCAGAGGGCUCUCCGGGUAAGGAGCUGAAUCACAGGCAAAGUCCCAUUGGAUUAAAGGAGUUCAGGACCCAUGAUCAACCGAAGGGACAGUCCAACCUUAAAGAAGUAAUGCCCACCAUUGAGAAGUUGCUGAAUACAGACUGGAAAGAGAAACUUCUGGACAAAAGCACAGCGGGGCCAGGGCAACUGAAAGGAACCCCUGAGUCUCUGGCUGAGAAGGAGCUACAGUUGUUAAUGAUGAUUAACCAACUUGGUGGUCUAAGGGAGCAGUUACUGGGAGCCCACUCCGAGCAGAGGAACAUGGCCGCUCUGCUACUGGAGAAGCAGCAGCAGCAAAUGGAGCUGGCUCGGCAGCAGCAGGAACAGAUCGCCAAACAGCAGCAGCAGCUGAUCCAGCAGCAGCACAAGAUUAACCUCCUCCAGCAGCAGAUCCAGCAGGUGAACAUGCCCUACGUGAUGAUUCCUGCCUUUCACCCCAGCACCCAACCGCUGCCAGUCACCUCUGACCCCCAGCUGACAAUGCCACUGCAACCGAUCCCCUGCAAGCCAGCUAUGGACUACCCCCUGCAACUGCUGCCAAACCCUCACCCUUCCCUGUCUAAGAGGGGUAGUGGGUCCUUCCGAAAGGAAGCGAGUCAACCUUUGAACCUGACCUCCAAGCCCAGGGGUCUAGAUGUCGGAAAGACACCCAGUCCACAGAGCCUGGAUAUGGGAUCGAUGGUGGUGCAGGGAGCCUACAGACCCAGGGAUCUCCAGGGAGAACGGUCUCACACCCCGCCACGAUCUGCCCUCAGUUUCCUUGGAGACGGUGAUGUGGUCACUCAGGCCAUUCAUGACGCUCAGCAGCUACUGAAGAGCCACAGCAGUGGAGGGCGAGAGAGGGAGAGAGCAAGGGAGAGGGAGAGCAUUGAAAAAAUGGAGCGUAAGGACUCACCACAUAGCGAGAGAGUUUCUCGUUUGGAGCUGUGUGAAGACAGACUGGUGCAGCCGUCCUGUGACGACCACCACAGCAGUGACUCCGAGGGUGCAAUGCCCAUUUCUGUUCCAGGCAGCUACACCGAUGUACGAGCCUCUUCCUCUUCAGGCCACAUCAAAAGACCCAUGAAUGCCUUCAUGGUGUGGGCCAAGGACGAGCGCAGGAGGAUUCUCCAGGCCUUCCCUGACAUGCACAAUUCUUCUAUCAGCAAGAUUCUGGGUUCCAGGUGGAAGUCAAUGUCCAACCAGGAGAAGCAGCCUUACUAUGAGGAACAGGCCAGGCUGAGCAGGCAGCACCUGGAGCGAUACCCUGACUAUAAGUACAAACCCAGACCUAAGCGGACCUGCAUUGUGGAGGGACGGAGGCUGAGAGUAGGCGAGUACAAGGCCAUGAUGAAAAGCCGCCGACAGGAACAGAGAUCCACCUACACUCACAGUCAGGCGGAGCCCCAGCAGGUCCACUACCCCCACAGCAAUGGCCAGUACCCUGGGAGCGUGCCCUCAGUCCCAGUGGCAGCCAUGCAGUUUCACCCUGCGUUACUGGAGCAUUACCUACCACAGGCCCCACCCCCUCAGCGUCAGAGUCACCUGGAUAGGGAGCAGACAGAGACAUCUCUAUAUCACUAAAUCACAGAGUAAACGGCGACUUUUACCGGACCGGAGAGAACAGAGGAGUUUGCUAACUCUUGGUAAAAAACGUGUCGUGUUACAAGCACAGGUCCGUUUGAAAACGACUUCCAGUCUUUAACGGGUUUUUUUUUAUCACCUUUAGAGCUGCUCGUAGUUCGAAACUACAAGUCAUUUACGGCUCGCUGCUUCCCUCUGCUGGUGUUUCUCGUUGCUAGACACGAACAUGUUGAAGACACACUAAAUCAGGGGUACGCAAGUACAAUUCUCAAAUGCUCACAUAGACACGGGUCGAAGGUCCUGGAGCAGACGAAGGGUUGGUUGGUGUGUAGGGGGUGGAAGUCGUGGCUAUAUGCACGUAUGCAUAUGCACGUGACAUUUUUUUAAUGUUGAGUCAAGUUGGUGGAACCAAAAACCACCUGUAAAAUUUGGAACAAAAUGUCCCUUUUAUUCAAAUCUACAUAGUUUUUUUUUUUUACAUAAAUUCAAAUUAUACUCAAAUAAAGCAAAGCAUAAAAAAACCCUGCAAAUAAUCCAAACAAAUAUAUCAGUAGUGGUGUUAAAGAAACCUCAACUUUGACUUUAACCUUUGACUUUAUAUAGAGACAAACAGGAGUGACAGAAAAAACAUAGUUACUAAACGAAAACAAAAUGUCCCUUUUUUGCCACUGGAUGCUCGAUUUUGCAACAUUUAACAUUGUUUUCUGAUAUUCAUCACUGUACAGUUGUGUCAUUUUUUUUAUUUUUGUCCAGUGCACAGUGAGUCAGACGUGUUUUUUUUUUUGUGCCUUUGUUUGCUGUUUGUAAUGUUUAAGUCACUCUCUUCCAGGCAGAAAACGAUGUAACACAUACAUAUAUUUAUCAUCCUGUAUAUUCAAAGACUUUAAAACUUGUGUCCAUUGAAUUGCCCUAGACUCUUGUUUUUAAUUUUUUUUUUUUUGUUUGUUUGGUUUUUUUUUUUCAAAAAAAAAAGGUGGGUAUUCAGUCCGUGGACCAAGAAGCGUCUCACUAUAGAGAAGAGGGACGGAACUAAAAUAGUUAGGGUGGACCCAGAUAAUACUGUAUGCUGUUUAUCAGAUGAGGCUUGUGAUCUAAUGACAGAUAUAUUAUUACUGGAGGGAAAUACUACAGUAGUUUGGAUCCUCUCCAAGCACUAGGUAAUCCCGCCAUGUAUGAGCCUAUGAUUACACCGCUAGUUUUGGAUACAUUUUCCGGCAUCCUCUGUGAUCACAGCAAGAUGAAAACGUGGGUCAGUGACUGCUCCUUAUUUGUAUUUCUCCAGUUUUGCUCUUCAAAAUUGAUGAAGGACAAUGUUUCCUAAAAGACAGAAAACGUCUUCCAAAGGCAUUUGGCAUAUUUGACCUGAGCGUCCACUGAUGAAGUAUGUUAAGUUAACUUUGCCUUUCCCAGUAUAAAACCAUUUUAUUUUUAUUGUGAAAGACCAGACUUUGGUUCCUGAAACAAAAAUCCUAGGCCCUGCUUUUAUACAGUACAUGACACUUGCUCUGAAUGAAAGGCCAGACCAGAGGAGUAUGCACCAUACACACGAUUGGCAAAGAUUUUGAGAUCACAAUCUUCAGCAUUGUGCUUUUUACAGUACUGUACUGUACUUUGUGUUCAGUGUGCCUGGUUUCAGUCCACAGUGGAGACACUAUUUCAAUUUUUUUUUUUUUGCAGAUUGUCUAGGAUUGAAAAUACUUUGGAGUUGGCUCUUUAAGUGAAGAUAAUUUAUGAUUAAUAAAUGGACCUUUGCUUUUGUCAACAAUGAGGAAGCAAUGUCUGAACAGUACCCAGCAGUACCGAGCUAUUAAGAGCAAACCAUGAAGAGCCUGCAAUUAACACCGGACUGGUUAGUGUAGCAUGUUGUUUUCUUAAGCUGACCACUGUCUCAACAGUCUGCCAUUGACUUUUUUGUGUAGAGAGAUGGCUAGAGGAGAAAAACAGUGCUGAUUUUCUUUUGCUGGAGACGUGCUGUAGAGUCUCUAGCCCUGACCCCUGCUGAUGUACAUACAAAGAAACUAUUUUGUUAAGAGCUUGUGUAAUUUAAAGUUGUACAUUUUCUAUGUUUUCAAAGUUCUAUGUACGUUUUCUUUUCUUUGAAAAAACAAAGACAAU